UGACGCUAUUUAGUAUGUAUUGUACACAAGACUCGAGCUGACUCUGAGACAGACGCGAAUCACUGUGAAUCCAGAACUCAUUUACAAACCGACCUCCUCAGAAAGAUGCAGUUCAUGCUGUUGUUCAGCAGACAGGGGAAGCUCCGUCUGCAGAAAUGGUACGUUCCUCUGUCCGAUAAGGAGAAAAAGAAGAUCACGCGGGAGCUGGUGCAGACCGUUCUGGCCCGCAAACCCAAGAUGUGCAGCUUCCUGGAGUGGAGGGAUCUGAAAAUCGUGUAUAAAAGAUACGCUAGUCUGUAUUUCUGCUGUGCCAUUGAGGACCAGGAUAACGAACUGAUCACACUGGAGAUCAUCCACCGCUACGUCGAGCUGCUCGACAAAUACUUCGGCAGCGUCUGCGAGCUGGAUAUCAUCUUUAACUUUGAGAAGGCGUAUUUUAUCCUGGACGAGUUCCUGCUGGGAGGCGAGGCUCAGGAGACGUCGAAGAAAAACGUCCUGAAAGCCAUCGAGCAGGCGGAUCUGCUGCAGGAGAAUCUAGAUUUUCAGAUUCGUCUGCUUCCAGGUGUUUUGAGUCCGAACAUGUCGGCCGAGUCCUCGGGACUCUUCCAGAGUUAAACCGGUUCAGAUCGACGCGCUUCAGCCCCGACAUGAGUACUUUAACGUGCCCGUGUACUGAUUGGCUGCAUGCUGAGCCCCUCCCCCUGCACGCCUGCUGGCUCCGCCUCUGCCUCCAGCACCGUCCAAUCAGAGAGCUGCAUCUUGGACCCUGUUUCACCUGCACACUGUCCAACUGAAAUAGUGUGUCAUUCGUGUUUGACUGUGUGUGUGUGUGUUUAACUGUGCUGUGCUAAAUCAAUGUUGUAAAUCAAUAUCUCGUUCAGGCGACUCUCAAUCAUGUAGCUUCAGGAAAUCAAACCUUAUUGGUGGACGGAUCUGUUCUUCACUUUGAAGACACUUUUACCAGAUAUUUCAAAUUCACUGAAUAAUUCAUUCAAGCUCUAAAGAUCCAGGUCAUAAAGAUAAAAGUAGACUUUCAGCCUUUGUUUCAGAGCAAAACUCAUAUCUUCCUUAGGUUUUCCAAUUAAAAACUUAUUUUACAACAAAAUCAGUUGAAAAACACUUGUGAUUGAGUGCCUGAAAGCAGGUCAUUUUAUGUAGCUUAAUCUUGUUUUAAGUGUAUUUUAAGAUGUUUUAAGAAAAUAAUUUUGAUUGCUGACGUGUGUUCAGUAUGUUAUGAAUAGCUGCUGUGGUUCAGUUGUUGAUGUAGUCAUUUUAUAAAUGAUGAGUUUGUUUGUGCACAUCAUUGCAACUUUAGUUUUAGUUUCUUUCUUGAUUUUAGUAGAAAGUUAUAGCAAAUUAGCAGUUUUCAAUUUGUACACACACACACACUCACUCACUCUCACACACUCAUACACACUCACACACACACACACACGUUCACACAC